UGACAGUCUUGAAUGUUUCUGCUUGAUGUGGUCCGUGUGCCGCUCCUGGGUGCGGAGAGCUCGGGCAAGCUCAGAAGUCCCGACAUGGACGUAGUGAACUAUGAUGAUGUGCAUGUGGAUUUCACUUGGGAAGAGUGGGCUUUGCUGGAUCCUUCUCAGAAGAGCCUCUACAAAGAUGUGAUGCUGGAGACCUAUAGGAAUCUUGCUGCUAUAGGCUACAAUUGGAAAGACCAUAAUAUUGAAGGACAUUUUCAAAGUUCUAGAAGAAAUGGAAGGCAUGAAAGAAGUUAUACUGAAGAGAAACUUUCUGAAUUUACUCAAUAUGAUAAAGACUUUGCAUAUCAGAGUCAUCCUCAAAGGCAUGAAAGCAUUCAUUCUGGAGAGAAAUCCUAUGAAGGUAUCCAAUAUUUUGAAGCCUUUGCACAUCACAGUAUUCUCCAAAUACAUAAAAGAACACAUAUUGUAGAAAAACCGUAUGAGUGUAACCAAUGUGGUAAAGCCUUUGCAUAUCACAGUUAUCUUCAAAGGCAUGAAAGAAGUCAUACAGGAGAGAAACCUUACAAAUGUAAUCAGUGUGGUAAAGCCUUUGGACGCCACAGUCAUCUUCAGAGGCAUGAAAGAAUUCAUACAGGAGAAAAAAGCUAUGAAUGUAAUCAAUGUGGUAAAACAUUUGAACAUCACAGUCAUCUUCAAAUACAUAAAAGAACACAUAUUGGAGAGAAACCCUUUGAAUGUAACCAAUGUGGUAAAGCCUUUGCACGAAACAGUCAUCUCUUAAUACAUCAAAGAAUACAUACUGGAGAGAAACCCUAUGAAUGUAAGCAAUGUGGUAAAGCCUUUGCAUAUCAAAGUGGUCUCCUAUAUCAUAAAAGAAGAUAUACUGUAGAGAAACCCUAUGAGUGUAACCAAUGUGGUAAAGCCUUUGCAUGUCACAAUAGUCUCCAAGUACAUAAAAGAACACAUACUGGAGAGAAACCCUAUAAAUGUAAUCAAUGUGGAAAAGCCUUUGGACGCUACAGUUCUCUUCAAAGGCAUGAAAGAAUUCAUACAGGAGAGAAACCUUAUGAAUGUAAUCAGUGUGGUAAAGCAUUUGGACGUCACAGUUCUCUUCAAAGGCAUGAAAGAAUUCAUACAGGACAGAAACCUGAUGAAUGUAGUCAAUGUUGUAAAGACUGUGGAUUCUACAGUAGUCUCCGGAUACAUAAAAGACCACAUACUGGAGAGAAAUACUUUGAGUGUAAUCAAUGUGGUAAAGGCUUUUCACAAAACAGUAAUCUCCAAAUGCAUAAAACAACAUAUACUGUAGAGAAACUCUAUUAGUGUAACCAAUGUAGUAAAGCCUUUGCAUAUCAUGAUCAUCUUUGAAUACAUAAAAGAACACGUACUGCAGAGAAACCCUAUGAAUGUAAUCAAUGUAGUAAAGACUUUGCAUGUCAGUAAUCUUCAAAGGCAUGAAAGAAACCAUACUGCAGAGAAAGCCUGUGAGUGUAUUUAAUAUGGUGAAGCCUUUGCACAUUUCUGUAGUCUUCAUCAUCAUGAAAGAAAUACAUACUGGAGAGAAACCCUAUGAAUGUAUUUAAUGUGCUGCAGCCUUUUCACAUUUCAUAAGUCUUCAUUAUCGUGAAAUAAUUCAUACCAGAGAGAAACCUUAUUAAGUAUAUUUCAUAUGGUGAAGCCUUUGCAUAUUUCAAUAGUCUUCAUUAUUAUGAAAGUAUUCAUACUGGAGAAAAAUUCUGUGAUUGUAAGCAAUGUGGUAAAGCUUUUGAGGGUCCUCUGAGAUCCAACAAAACUCAAACUCAGGUAAUGCUAAUGACCAGUACUUAUAAGCUGCUACUGAUAUAUCAGGGCCACAAAACACACUUGGAUACUGAACUGUGACUGCUGCCCAUCCAUCUCCCCACCCAAAGCAAGAAUGUUAUAGAGCUUUUAAGUUUGAAAACCAGAAAUAUCUGUGCCAAGUUACAGCUCCAUUGGUUUUCACCAAUCAGGAUUUAGGGAUAAGGGCUUUCCUUAUCUAGUUGAUCUAUGUCAAUUAUACAGUUUAACUAAGUAUAUAUAUAUAUAUUUAUUCUUUUGUGGUUAGGAACAGGCAUUAUGUUUUGAGGAACAAAAGAUGCAUAACAGAAGCCAUGGUUAGGGACAGUCAAUAUGUUUUUAUGAACAAAGAUGAAUAAUGGAAGCUGAUCUGCUAUUGGGAAGUCCUCAGCUACCCCAGCACCAGGGAACUUGAACUUAGGUACACCAUAUGAUUAAAUGGAGGCUGAUAACAAAAAAAAUGCAGUACUUAGGACAAGUUUCCUCCUUUACUUGUUUCUAACAGUUGCAUAUCACAGGCAUUUUUAAAUACUUAAAUGAAUAACCACAUUGGAGUGAAACUUCAAAUUGUAAUCAACAUGAUAAAGCUGUUUUACAACACAGUUGUGUACAUAAAAAACCACAUACUGGAGAGAAAUCCUAUGAAUAUGCAAUGUGGUAAAUCCUUUGCAUGUAGCAGUAGUCUUUAAAAAAAUCAUGAGAAAAAGUCAUACUGCAAAGGAAACCAUAAAUGUACUCAGGAUGGUAACAUUUUGCACUUGAUGGUAUCUUUAUACAAGAGUAAACGUUUAGAGUAUAAUUCAUCUUUAAAGCCUUUGCAUACCGCAGUAGUCUUUGAGGACCUUAAAGAACUGAUAGUGAAAAGAAUCUAGGACUAAAGGAUUUGGAAAGAUCUGUAGCUAACACCCUUGCAUUCAGUGUCAGGUACAACAUGGUUGUGAAUAUGGCCGCAUGACACAGUUACAGCUGUGGGAGUACCUUCAAUCUGAGUCAUGUACCUCUGGCAUUCUCGUAGACAGAUGGCGUUGCUCUUUCUUGCAUGUUUGCCUGUUACUGCAUUUUUCAAGCAGUCAAUUCAGACAUAAUGCUUCAAGGGAGUCUUUGGAGGCUGACUGCCUUAAUUGUUCUCUGGGACAUUGUUGCCAACUCAUGAUGAUUAUGUUGUACCAGGAAAUAUUUGAAGCAGGAAAUGUUUUUGAGAAACCUCAAGUUUUAAUAGUUAAAAGAAAUAAAGACCCCCCAAGGAAAAGGAACACUGGGCCUGGGUCACUAAGGACAGGAAUGACAAUAGAAAAUACAAUUAACAAGAUAGAGGAAGAUAUAGCUGGGUCUACUGGAUCAGUGAGCAAUGGUGAGAGCCCUCAUGAGAGGAGAUGUCUAAUAAGAGAAAGUUCGAUUUAAAAAUAUUAUUGGGGAAAUUUGGAAAAUCUAUCUAUCUAUCUAUCUAUCUAUCUAUCUAUCUAUC